AUGGUUUCUUCAGGAGACGAGAAAGAGUUCAAAGAGAACGACCCUUCAAAUGCUCAUAUCGAGUCACAAAACCAAAGUGACAACGGUGCACAAUGGAGUGUUCGACAGAUAAUCGCUACCGUGUCCCUCUCCAUUCUUUGGGUUGGUUCCCAGGUGCCUCUCUAUUUCACAGGCGGUAUGCUGUCAUACAUGGCCGCUGACCUCGGGGGACUUGCUUUGACGUCGUCCGCAUGGAUUCCAGUGUGCAACACUCUUGCCGUCGCCUCAGUUGCACCUUUCUCCGGCUACUUGACUGAUAUCUUCGGCCGUCGAAAUAUCACACUCAUUGGAUCCCUAUUGAUUAUGGUCGGCAUUGUCAUCGUCGGCACCGCACAUAGUUUUGGGCAGGCGAUAGUUGGAAUGUCGAUUGCUGGAGCUGGAGCGGGUAUUGGAGAACUGACGGCUCUGGGAGGCGUGGCUGAGCUUGUCCCUGUCAAACACCGUGGACUUUACCUGGGAGGCAUUGUCUCAUUCUUGAUCCCGUUCACGCCCUAUGUUAUGUAUUCACAGCUCUUGUCGACUCGGACCUCGGAAGGUUGGCGAUGGUGUUUUUGGAUUUCAUUGAUCUAUAACUUCGUCGCAUUCGUGGGAAUGGUGUUCACUUACUUUCCCGAAAAGCAUAUGGUGAUCGAGAAGGAGAGCAAGAUGCAGACGUUAAAGAAGAUAGACUGGCUGGGCGCAGUAUUGUCAAUCGUUGGCAUCACCCUUUUCCUCGUCGCACUUCAAGCAGGUGGUUACACUCAUUCCUGGAAAUCCGCAUACGUUCUGGCACAAUUGAUCAUUGGGAUCCUGCUCAUCAUUGCCUUCGUGAUCUGGGAAUGGAAAGGAGCGAAAGUUCCAAUGGUUCCAAGAGAGCUUUUCCAGGGACAACAAACUGUUGGUGUAACAUUCCUGCUUCUCUUCGUUGCCGGCAUGAAUUUCUAUUCCUUGAUCAACUUCUUUCCACUCACAUUCUCCAAUGUCUACGCUCCUGAUCCAGUCCAAGUGGGUCUGAAAGACCUAGGGUAUGGCAUCAGCGUCACAGCGGGAGCGACAAUUCUCAACUGGGCUUUAUCCAUCUUCAAGAACCACAAUCGCGAGCUCAUGAUAGCCUGUUGCAUCGUCAUGACGGCAUUCAGCGGCGCCCUCGCAGUUGUCAACCCCACCAACCCCAAAACCGCCGUCGCACUCGGCACCAUCGCAGGGUUCGGCGUAGGCGGCGUUCUCGUCCCUCCAUCCACCAUAGCCCUCACCGUCUGCCCAGACAGUCUCAUCGCGACAACUGUAGCGCUCUCCCUCUCCAUCCGCGUCAUAGGCGGUUCCAUCGGCUACACCAUCUACUUCAAUAUAUUCAGCGAGAAGCUCACAAAAGCACUGCCGACAUACGUCGCCGGGGCUGUUGCUAAAGCUGGACUUCCAGAAGCAGAUAUCAUGACGUUUGUGGGGACGUUCUUGACGGAUCCCACAAGUAUAAUGAGUGUGCCUGGUGCGUCGCCUGCAAUUGUGGCGGCUGCGACGAGGGCUUCUCAAGAGGCGUAUUCGUAUGCGUUGAAGUAUGUUUGGUAUACGUCGAUUGCUUUUGGAGUUGUGGCUAUUGUUGCGGCUUGUUUCUUGGGGAAUAAUAGAAAGUAUUUGACGGAUCGUGUGGCGGCCAAGAUUAGGAAUUAA